AUGGUCAAGAUCCAGUACAAUGCUGGGCAAGGUGCUUGCUUCCCAAUGCAUUUUGAUUCCUACGGCGACGACGGCAAGUGCGUGGCUGCAGUGCUGUAUCUGAACGAGGACUGGAAGGAACAUGAUGGAGGCGAGAUUGUGCUAUACCCAUUUCCAAGACCGCGUGUUGUGUUGCAGCCGUGUUUUGGCCAUUUGGUGCUUUUCUUGUUGCAGCAAAUGCUCCAUCGAGUGAUGCCGGCCUUUAAGCAACGCUAUGCUCUUACGACGUGGAUCUACCACUCACCUAAACCAAGUGCAAAGGCUGAAAGCGUGGCCUUCUAUCAGAGUAUGGCUAAUGUGGUAGACACAGUAUCGCGUGAAGACAAUACGCCUUUUUGGUCAAUGAGCGCGAGGAUUUUCCAAUCUCCGUUUCGUAGACAUCUCCUCAAGUUGGUCUAUGAGAAAGAGUGA